UGGGACGCGCCGGCAUGCCACUGCAGCUUUAAACGGCAUUUGGGGGAACUGGGAAUCUUUGCUCUCAUGACGGUGGAGGUGAGCUACUGGAGUCGGAUUCUGCUGCUGUCGGUGGGGGUUUUGGCCACAUCAGCCGCCGCCCAGAACUGCAGUUACGUUUUGCAAGGUCCAAACGGGACGAUACAGAGUCCGGGAUUCCCGUACGGCUAUCCAAAUUAUGCAAACUGUACAUGGACAAUCACGGCCCAGGAACAGAACCGGGUGCAGCUUGUAUUUCAGUCCUUUGCGCUAGAGGAAGAUUUUGACGUGUUAUCCGUUUAUGAUGGGUUGCCCCAGCAAGGAAAUCUAAGAACACGGUUAACAGGUUUCCAGCUACCUCCUCCCAUUGUGAGCACUGGGAUAGUGCUGUCCUUGUGGCUUGUAAGUGACUAUGCUGUCAGCGCUCAAGGAUUUCUGGCACACUAUGAAGUUCUACCAAGCCACACAUGUGGAAAUCCAGGAAGACUCCAGAAUGGAAUCCAACAGGGGACAACCUACAGUGUUGGUGACAAAGUACGUUACAGCUGCAACCCAGGCUUCUUUCUGGAAGGCCAUGCUCUGCUCACCUGCCAUGCAAGCUCAGAAAACUCUGCCUCGUGGGACUUCCCUUUGCCCUUCUGUCGAGCGGACGAUGCCUGUGGUGGGACACUAAGAGGGCAAAGUGGAAUUAUCUCAACCCCACAUUACCCUUUGGAGUACAGCAACAAUGCUGACUGCACAUGGACCAUUCUAGCAGAGCCCGGGGACACCAUCGCUUUGGUGUUCCUGGAUUUCCAAUUAGAGGAUGAAUAUGACUUUUUGGAGGUCACUGGAACAGAGGGAUCCUCUCUAUGGUUUACAGGCACCAGCCUUCCUGCCCCUGUGAUCAGCAGCAAAAACUGGCUUCGCCUUCAUUUUAUGUCAGAUGGCAACCACAGACAAAAGGGCUUCAGCGCACAGUAUCAAGUCAAAAAGCAGAUGGAAAUGAAAUCCCGUGGAGUGAAGCUGAUGCCAAGUAAAGAUACAAACCAGAAGACAUCUGUGUUAACACAGGUUGGUGCAUCCCAGGGACAUAACAUGUGUCCGGACCCUGGGAUUCCAGAUCAAGGCAAAAGAAUAGGCAGUGAUUUCAGGUUAGGUUCGAGUGUCCAGUUCACCUGCAACGAAGGCUAUGAUUUGCAAGGCUCCAAAAGCAUAACGUGCAAGAAGCUGAGUGGGAUGAUAGCAGCCUGGAGUGACCAGAGGCCGGUGUGUCGAGCUAGGAUGUGUGAUACGUAUCUCCGAGGCCCCAGUGGUGUUAUCACAUCACCCAACUAUCCUGUCCAGUACGAUAACAAUGCCUACUGUGUGUGGGUGAUAACGGCAGUCAAUCCAGCCAAGGUCAUCAAGCUCAGUUUUGAAGAAUUUGACUUGGAGAGAGGAUAUGACACCCUCACCAUUGGGGACGGAGGCCAGGUUGGCGACCAGAAGAGCGUGCUCUAUGUAUUGACAGGCACCACUGUCCCUGAUCUAAUCGUGAGCACCCAGCAUCAGAUGUGGCUCCUGUUCCAGACAGACAGUGUAAAGAACUUGCUGGGCUUCAAAGCAACCUAUGAAGAAAUUGACCAAGGGAGCUGUGGGGACCCAGGAGUACCCGCUUACGGCAGGAGAGAAGGGUCGACGUUUCGCCACGGAGACUCGUUGACGUUUGAAUGCCAGCCUGCCUUUGAACUGAAAGGACAGAAAACAAUCACUUGUCAAAAAAGUAGCCAGUGGUCCUCUCAGAAACCAGUCUGUGUUUUUUCCUGCUUCUUCAACUUCACUACCCCUUCCGGCAUCGUCCUUUCCCCCAACUAUCCCGAGGAAUAUGGCAGCAGCCUGCACUGUGUCUGGUUAAUCAUCGCGAAACCUGAAAGCCGGAUCCACCUGGCUUUUAACGAUUUUGACGUGGAACCACAGUUUGACUUCCUUGCUGUAAAAGAUGGUGGAACGGCUGAAUCACCUGUAUUGGGGACCUUCUCAGGCAACCAGCUCCCAUCUUCUCUGACCAGCAGCGGCCAUGUUGCCAGGCUGGAAUUUCAGACGGAUCACUCCACAGAGAAAAGAGGCUUCAACAUUACAUUUACCACCUUCAGACACAAUGAGUGCCCUGACCCAGGUGUGCCAGUGAAUGGGAAGCGAUUUGGGGACAGCCUCCAGUUGGGUAGCUCUGUCUCCUUCCUGUGUGAUGAAGGAUUCAUCCGGACACACGGCUCGGAAACGGUCACCUGCGUCUUAAAGGAAGGCAAUGUAGUUUGGGACAACGCAGUUCUAAGAUGUGAAGCUCCGUGUGGUGGCCAUCUGACCUCCCCAAGUGGAAUGAUCCUGUCUCCAGGUUGGCCUGGGUUUUACAAGGACUCUCUGAACUGUGCAUGGGUCAUAGAAGCUCAGCCAGGAUACCCUAUCAAGAUUACAUUUGACAGAUUUAAAACCGAGGUGAAUUACGACACGCUGGAAGUCAGGGAUGGGAAGUCCUACUCAUCGCCAUUGAUAGGAGUUUAUGACGGGACUCAGGUGCCCCAGUUCCUAAUUAGCACGAGCAAUUUCCUCUACCUCUUGUUCACCACUGACAAGAGUCACUCUGACAUUGGCUUUCAGAUCCGCUAUGAAACGGUAAAACUCCAGUCUGACCACUGCCUUGACCCAGGGAUUCCCGUCAAUGGCCUGCGACAUGGGGAUGACUUUUAUGUGGGGGCCCUGGUGACCUUUGGCUGCGACCCAGGCUAUACCCUGAGCGACAGUGAAGCUUUGGAGUGUGAACCUAAUUUCCAGUGGAGCAGGCCCCUUCCCAGCUGCGAGGCUCUCUGUGGAGGCUACAUCCGUGGAUCCAAUGGCACCGUGUUGUCACCAGGGUUCCCAGAUUUCUACCCCAAUAAUCUGAACUGCACUUGGGUCAUAGAAGCUUCUCACGGCAAAGGUGUCUUCUUCACAUUCCAUACCUUUCACCUGGAGAGUGGUCAUGACUACCUCUUGAUCACCGAGAACGGCAGCUUCAGCCAGCCACUGGAACAGCUCACCGGCUCUCGCCUCCCUGCCCCAUUCAGUGCCGGCCUCUUUGGGAACUUCUCUGCUCAAAUCCGUUUCAUCUCUGACUUUUCCAUUUCUUAUGAGGGCUUCAACAUCACCUUUUCAGAAUAUGACCUCGAACCUUGUGAGGAACCAGAGGUGCCGGUUCACAGCAUCCGCAAGGGCCUUCAGUUCGGCGUGGGGGACGUCUUGACCUUCUCCUGCUUCCCUGGGUAUCGGCUGGAAGGUGUCUCGCGCAUUACCUGCCUGGGCGGUAGACGGCGUGUGUGGAGUUCGCCUCUGCCAAGGUGUGUUGCUGAAUGUGGUUCUUCUGUAACUGGGACUCAAGGUGUUCUUUUGUCUCCGAACUAUCCGCUCAACUACAACAACGACCAUGAAUGUAUCUACUCCAUCCAGACGCAGCCUGGAAAAGGGAUUCAGCUCAAAGCCAGGGCCUUCGACUUAGAGGCCCGGGAUGUCCUCAAGAUCUUUGAUGGUAACAACAACUCUGCCCGUCUCCUGGGCUCCUUCAGCCAAACAGACAUGUUGGGUCUGAGCAUCAACAGCACAUCCAGCACCAUGUGGCUUGAAUUCAUCACAGAUGGCAACGGCACAAGUCAAGGCUUUGAGCUGCAGUUUUCUAGUUUUGAGCUGAUCAAAUGCGAGGACCCUGGUGUCCCACAGUUUGGUUACAAAGUCCACGAUGAGGGACACUUUGCAGGCAGCUCUGUCUCUUUCAACUGUGACCCUGGCUACACCUUGCGUGGGAGCCGGGUCCUCGCUUGUUUGACGGGGGAGCGCCGAGCCUGGGAUCAGCCACUCCCCAUCUGUGUAGCGGAGUGUGGAGGCAGUAUUAAAAGUGAAACUUCAGGAAGGGUCUUGUCUCCAGGAUACCCAACACCUUAUGACCAUAACCUCAACUGUGUCUGGACAAUUGAGGCAGAGCCUGGGUGCACCAUAGGGCUCCAUUUCAUGGUCUUCCACACAGAAGAGUUCCAUGAUGUUCUGAGGAUCUGGGACGGGCCGGUCGAGAAAGGGAUCCUCCUGAAGGAAGUGAGUGGUUCCAUCUUGCCCAGCGAUGUCCACAGCACCUUCAGCUCAGUAGUCCUCCAGUUCAACACUGAUUUCUUUACCAGCAAGCAAGGCUUUGCCAUUCAGUUUUCAGUGUCCACAGCGACCUCCUGCAAUGAUCCAGGCAUUCCACAGAAUGGAAGCCGUAGUGGCGACAGCAAAGAAGCUGGGGACUCCAUUGUUUUCCAGUGUGAUCCCGGUUAUGUCCUGCAAGGGGAAGCCAAGAUCAACUGUGUGCAGAUUGAGAACAGGUUUUUCUGGCAGCCUGACCCUCCCACCUGUAUAGCUCCCUGCGGUGGGAUCCUUACUGGGCCAUCUGGGGUCAUCUUGUCACCAAACUACCCAGAACCUUAUCCACCAGGAAAGGAGUGUGACUGGAAGCUGACGGUCUCUCCUGAUUACGUCAUUGCCCUGGUGUUUCAGAUCUUCAAUCUGGAACCAGGCUAUGAUUUUUUGCACAUCUAUGAUGGUCCCAGUUCCCUUAGCCCCCUGAUUGGGAGUUUCUAUGACACUCAGUUACCGGAAAGGAUUGAAAGCAGCAGCAAUAACCUCUUCCUGGCCUUCCGGAGUGACGCCUCCGUCAGCAACACAGGAUUUGUGAUCCACUACACAGAAAACCCCAGAGAAUCUUGCUUUGAUCCUGGCAUGAUUAAGAAUGGUACCCGGGCAGGAAGUGAGCUGAAACUGGGAUCAACCAUCACUUAUUACUGUGACAGUGGCUACAUGAUUGAAGGAGCCUCCACCUUGACAUGCAUCAUGGGAGGAGAUGGGAAACCUGUCUGGAACAAGGCACGGCCCACAUGUACAGCACCCUGUGGAGGACAGUACACCGGCUCUGAUGGGGUUGUCCUAUCUCCAAACUACCCACAGAACUACACCAGCGGACAAGUGUGCCUGUACUUCAUCGUUGUACCCAAAGACUAUGUGGUAUUUGGUCAGUUCGCCUUCUUCCAGACAGCUCUCCAUGACAUCAUUGAAGUGCAUGAUGGCCCCAACCAACACUCCCGUCUCCUCAGCUCCCUUUCCGGGUCUCACACUGGUGAAUCCUUGCCUCUGGCCACCACCAACCAAAUAUUGAUCAAGUUCAGUGCAAAAGGUCAAGCCACUGCCAAAGGUUUCCAUUUUGUCUAUCAAGCUGUUCCACGAACCAGUGCCACACAAUGCAGCUCCGUCCCUGAACCCCGCUAUGGGAGGCGGAUAGGCAGUGAUUUCUCCGUGGGGGCUGUCAUCCGGUUUGAGUGCAGCGCUGGCUACGCCCUCCAAGGAUCACGCAGCAUUGAGUGCCUGACGAUGCCUGGAGCCCUAGCUCAGUGGAAUUCUUCUGUGCCUACCUGUGUUGUGCCCUGCGGUGGGAAUUUAACGGAGCGCAAAGGCACGAUUUUAUCCCCCGGAUUCCCCGAGCCCUACUUGAACAGUCUCAACUGUGUGUGGAAAAUAACCGUCCCUGAAGGAGCAGGGAUUCAGAUUCAAGUGAUCAGUUUUGUCACAGAGCAGAACUGGGAUUCACUAGAAGUAUUUGAUGGUGGGGAUAACACAGCCACCAUGCUGGGCAGCUUCUCAGGAACCACAGUGCCUGCAUUAUUGAAUAGCACCUCCAACCAGCUGUAUUUGCAUUUCUCCUCCGACAUCAGUGUUUCUGCUGCGGGAUUUCACUUGGAGUAUAAAACCGUGGGCCUCUCCAGCUGCCCGGAGCCUGCUGUGCCCAGUAACGGCCUGAAGCUUGGGGAGAGAUACCUGGUGAAUGAUGUGGUCUCCUUUCAGUGUGAACCAGGCUACGCGCUCCAGGGACGUUCUCAUAUUUCCUGCAUGCCAGGGACUGUUCGGCGCUGGAACUAUCCUCCACCACUUUGCAUAGCUCAGUGUGGUGGGACCUUAGAAGAGAUGGAAGGGGUCAUUCUGAGCCCCGGCUUCCCAGGGAACUACCCCAGCAACAGUGACUGUACAUGGAGGAUAUUCUUUCCCGUGGGGUUUGGUGCUCACAUCCAGUUCCUGAACUUCUCCACCGAGCCCAACCACGAUUUUGUGGAAAUCCGCAACGGGCCCUACGAUACCAGCAACAUCAUCAGCCGCUUCAGUGGGUCCGACAUUCCGGGUUCCCUUCUGUCCACAUCUCAUGAAACCACGAUCUACUUCCACAGCGAUCACUCCCAGAACAAGCCUGGCUUUAAGGUGGAAUAUCAAGCCUAUGAGCUCCAGGAAUGCCCAGACCCUGAGCCCUUUGCCAAUGGGAUUGUGAGAGGAGCCGGUUAUAGUGUGGGCCAGUCCAUCUCCUUUGAGUGCCUGCCUGGCUAUCAGCUGAUUGGUCACCCCGUCUUGACCUGUCAACAUGGAACCAAUAGGAACUGGGACCACCCCUUGCCCAGGUGUGAAGUGCCCUGUGGAGGAAACAUCACUGCCCACAAUGGUACUAUCUUCUCUCCUGGAUUUCCCAAUCAGUACCCAAACUCCCAGGACUGUAUGUGGCUAAUCACCGUCUCACCUGGUUAUGGCAUCUACCUCAACUUCACCUUGCUGCAAACAGAGCCAUAUAAUGACUUCAUCACUGUCUGGGAUGGCCCUCAACAAACAGCUCCACAACUGGGUGUUUUCACAGGAAACUCGGCUAAAAAAGCCACUCAAAGCUCUUCCAACCACGUCCUCCUGAGAUUUUACAGUAACACAGCCAAUGGAGGCCUGUUUGCUAUCUCUUUCUAUGCCUACCAGCUUUCCAGGUGUCAUCCUCCAACCAUGGUCCCCAACGCAGAAAUUAUCACUGAGAACGAGGAUUACAAUAUAGGUGAUAUCAUUAGGUAUCGGUGCCUUCCUGGCUUCACCUUGGUUGGAAACAAGAUCCUUACCUGCAGGCUUGGCACCAGUCUCCAGUUUGAAGGUCCUCCCCCAACCUGUGAAGUUCCCUGCCCAAUAAACAAACUCCUGACCAACUCUACGGGUGUCAUCCUGAGCCCCUCGUUCACGGGCACCAACCCCCACUUUCAAACUUGCUCUUGGGUGGUCAAGGUGGAGCCAGAAUACAACAUCACCUUCACCGUCGAGUAUUUCCUGAGCGAAAAGGAAUACGAUGAGUUUGGGAUAUUUGAUGGUCCUUCAGGUCACAGUCCUCUGUUGCUGUCUCUAAGUGGGAAUUACUCAGCUCCAUUAACAGUGACCAGUACGGGCAACAGGGCCUAUCUACACUGGUCUUCUGACCAUGCCUAUAGCAGGAAGGGCUUCAGGAUCCGUUAUUCAGCUCCUUAUUGCAGCCUUCCUUCACCUCCUUUCCAUGGCUCCAUCCUGAGCCACACCGGCCUACAACCAGGAAGCACCAUCCAUUUUGGUUGUGACGCCGGCUACCGCCUCGUUGGCCACAGCAUGUCGACUUGCGCAAGGCACCCACAGGGUUACUUCCACUGGAACGAAGCCAUUCCUUUAUGCCAAGCUAUUUCCUGCGGCGUUCCGAGGGCCCCGAAGAACGGGGUUGUUUUUGGCAAGGAGUACACCGUGGGCACCAAAGCGGUCUACCAGUGCAAGGAAGGCUUCCACCUUCAGGGCCAGAACAGUUCCACCAUUGAGUGCCUUUCCAACGGCCAGUGGAGUAAUGGGAAUAACCCUCUUCCGUGUGCGGCUGUCAGCUGCCCUGACAUCAGCUCCAUUGCCGUGGCACACGGUCGAUGGAGGCUGAUCUACGAGACCCAGUAUCAAUAUAGCGCCCAGCUUAUGCUGAUCUGCGACCCUGGCUACUACUACACCGGGCAUCGCGUCAUCCAUUGCCAAGCCAAUGGGAAGUGGAGCAUAGGGGAGCCUAUGCCAACAUGCAGAAUCAUCUCCUGUGGAGACCUGCCGGUGCCACCCAAUGGGAACAAGAUUGGGACACUGACCAUUUAUGGUGCUACUGCUAUCUUCUCCUGCAAUACUGGUUACACGCUGGUGGGCUCCCGUGUACGGGAAUGCAUGGCAAAUGGUCUCUGGAGUGGACUGGAAGUGAAGUGCCUAGCGGGUCAUUGCGGUGAACCAGGUCCAAUCGUCAAUGGUCAGAUCAACGGCGAGAACUACAACUACCGGGGCAGCGUGGUCUAUCAGUGCAACCCUGGCUUUCGUCUCAUCGGGAUGUCGGUGCGGAUCUGCCAGCAGGACCACCGCUGGUCUGGGAAGACGCCUGUCUGUGUGCCCAUAACCUGUGGCCACCCAGGCAAUCCAGUGAACGGCCUUACGCAAGGGAGCCAGUUUAACCUGAACGACGUGGCCAAAUUCGUAUGCAACACCGGGUACCGCCUGGAAGGGGCAUCCAAGUCGCAGUGCCUGGCAAAUGGCCAGUGGAGCAACAUCCUGCCCAUUUGACGCAUUGUAAACUGUACCGACCCCGGGCACCUGGAUAACAGCGUCCGACAAGUCCAGCCGAGUGGGCCUCACAGAUACAGCUUUGGAACAACAGUCUCUUAUCUGUGCAACCACGGGUAUUAUCUGCUGGGCACCCAUGUCCUUACCUGUCAGGGAGAUGGCACUUGGGACCGGCCCCUCCCAGUGUGUCAUUUGGUCUCCUGUGGGCACCCGGGAUCCCCACCCUACGCCCAGAUCUCGGGUGACGUCUACACCGUCGGCUCCGUGGUGCGUUACAGCUGCUUGGAAGGGAGAAGCCUGGUUGGCAAUUCCACCCGCAUGUGCCAACUUGAUGGGCGUUGGAGUGGCUCCCUGCCUCACUGCUCAGGAACCGUCCGGGGACUGUGCGGUGAUCCAGGAAUCCCUUCUCAUGGCAUUCGGCACAGUGGCAAUGAUCUAGGAGUGGACAGUACAGUCUCGUUCAGCUGUGAGCCAGGCUACACCCUCCGGGGCUCACUCCAAAGAGUAUGUCAAGCUAAUGGAACAUGGAGCGGCACUCAGCCAGAAUGCGAAGUUAUAUCGUGCGGAAACCCUGGGACUCCCAGCAACGCCAAAGUGAUAUUUAAUGACGGUCUAGUGUUCUCCAGCUCCAUCAUCUACAAGUGUCGGGAGGGCUAUUACUCCACUGGGGUGCUCAGCAGGCAUUGUACUGUCAACGGAACCUGGACAGGGACCACGCCAGAAUGUACAGUGAUCAACUGCGGGGAUCCCGGCGUGCCAGCCAAUGGCAUUCGACUGGGCAGUGACUUCACCCACAAUAAGACAGUGGCAUUUCAAUGUAUGCCUGGCUACAUGAUGGAGUCAGACAGGGCCUCCGCUUUAAUCUGCACAAAGGACCGGACCUGGAAUGGCACAAAACCAGUCUGUAAAGCUAUCAUCUGUAAACCUCCACAAGCGAUCCCGAAUGGAAAAGUGGUGGGAUCGGAUUUCAGCUGGGGCUCAAGCGUCAGCUACACCUGUUUGGAAGGAUACCAGCUUUCCCUGCCUGCCGUCCUCACCUGCGAAGGGAACGGGACCUGGAGCGGAGAACUCCCCCAAUGUUUUCCCAUUUUCUGUGGCGACCCAGGAAUUCCAGCUGGAGGGAGGCGCGAAGACAGGGGCUUUACCUACCGGUCUUCUGUCUCGUAUUCCUGUUCGCCUCCACUCGUCCUAGUGGGCUCAGCUCGAAGGUUCUGCCAAUCCGAUGGGACGUGGAGUGGAACGCAGCCAAGCUGCAUAGACUCGACUCUUACAACGUGUGUGGAUCCCGGCGUGCCUCUUUUUGGGAUCCAGAACAAUUCCCAAGGUUAUCAGGUCGGGAGCAUUGCCUUUUUUAAGUGUCACAAAGGGUAUUUGCUGCAAGGAUCCACAACGAGGACCUGCCUUCCGAACCUGACGUGGAGCGGAGUGCAGCCUGAAUGCAUCCCUCAUAACUGCAAAGAGCCGGAGAUCCCACCCCAUGCCAACGUGGGUGCUCUGGACCUGCCUUCCUUGGGCUACACCUUGAUCUACUCUUGCCAGAGUGGCUACUAUCUCACCGGAGGAUCGGAACAUAGGACCUGUAAAGCGGAUGGCAGUUGGACUGGGAAGCCCCCUAUCUGCCUUGCGGACAUCCGACCAAGCGGGAGACCGGUGGGCACUGCGAGGGAUCCCCCACUUCCGAAAGUAUCAGUUCCAGCCGACGUCUUUGCCAAGAACUCCUUUUGGAAAGGCUCUUAUGAGUACAUGGGCAAGAAGCAGCCGGCCAUGCUCUCCGUCACCAGUUUCGACCCAGUCACCAGUAAAGUCAAUGCCACCCUCGUUGACCACAGCGGCGUGGAGUUGCAGGUGUCUGGUAUUUACAAAAGAGAAGAUGUGCAUCUCCUGCUGCAGGUGUACCAGAUCACAGGACCAGUGGAGAUUUUCAUGAACAAAUUCAAGAACGAUAAAUGGGCUUUAGAUGGACAUGUCACCCCAGAAUCAUCCAGUGGGACAUUUGUCUACCAAGGUUUUGUGCACGGCAAAGGCUUUGGGCAGUUUGGCCUCCAGAGGCUAGACAGUAGCAUCAUCGAACGAGAUCCUGAGUCAAUGGGGCAUCCUUUUGCAUCCAACAGCAGCUCAGUUGCAGCUGCCAUCCUCGUGCCUUUCAUUGCCCUGAUUAUUGCAGGGUUCGUGCUCUAUCUCUACAAGCACAGAAGGAGACCGAAGGUGCCAUUCAAUGGCUAUGCUGGCCAUGAAAACACCAACGUUCGAGGAACAUUUGAAAACCCAAUGUACGACCGCAACUUGCAGCCGACAGACAUCAUGGCCAACGAGGCAGAGUUUACAGUCAGCACCGUGUGUACUGCAGUAUAGCACUUACAAUCCUGCGCACAUGCUCCAGGAACAGGAGCCUCGCCAGUGCCCAGUGUUCCUCCUGGUUCAUCUUUGCCCAUGAUCACCCCUCCCAGCGAUGCUGGGGAUGUGGAGAUGAUAGGGUGCCUUUGAGUUGGAUCCGGGGAGGGAAAGAGAGAGACAGAGAGAGGAGGACUGCCUUGCUGUUGAUCACCACUCCGCAUCUCCAUUGCCCAUCUGUUCUGCCCUGCAGCUGAUAAUCAAACCAACCAAAGCAUCCACUCCAGCCCUCCUGUUGAGAGCAUAGGGGAGUGGACCAAUCCCCCCGCUGCCGCCGCUGCCACGGCCAUCACCUCCUCACCU